GCAGAGGAGACAGAAGACGAAAAAAGGAGGAGGAAGACAAAGAAGUCGGGCAGCUGUACACAAAUCAGGAUUUCAACAGCAUCCUUUUAUUUACGGCAGCAGUAUGGCUGAAGGCUCAGUGUCUCUAGCAGAGGUGGAGACCUCCUUCCAGAAGUUUGCAGUCCAUGGAGACACUAAAGCCAGCGGAAAGGAGCUGAAUGGCAAGAACUUUGCUAAGCUCUGCAAGGACUGCAACAUCAUUGACGGCAAGAACGUCACAACUACAGAUGUUGACAUAGUUUUCAGCAAGGUCAAGGCAAAGUCGGCUCGUGUAAUCACAUUUGAGCAGUUCAACCAGGCCUUGACAGAACUGGCUCCCAAACGCUUUAAAGGCAAAAGCAAAGAAGAGUCCCUUCAGCAGCUUUAUGGUCUCAUUGUUGGUAAGGAGCCUGCCAACAUCGGAGUCACUAAAGUGGCAAAGGCUGCAGCAGUGGACAGACUAACCGAUGCUACCAAGUACACUGGAGCGCACAAGGAGCGGUUCGACGAGUCAGGCAAAGGAAAAGGAAGGGCCGGGCGCGAGGACAUUCCUGACAACAGCGGCUAUGUGGGAGCUUACAAGGGCAGUGGCACUUAUGAUCAAAAAGUGAAAGAAGCAUAAUUCUAUCAGAGGGUGAAACUUUGUUUCAAUAACUUAAAAAAGGAGUGUUAAAAAAACAACACGAUUAACUGGCUACUCAAGACAAUUUUUUAUUUUUCAAGACAAAACCAAUACUCUGUAUAGGUAUGUCUUGUGGGCCUUGUUUUCAUAACACUUGUUGGAUCCAUGAGAAAAAAUGAAAUAAAGGAAAAAUAUAUAUAAUUGGACUUUUAAGUAUUCCAACCAGAAUGAACAUUUAAAAGAAACCUAUUCUUGAAAAUAUUCCAAAGAUAAUGCAAAUGCUCAGCUGCACUGAGUGCAGAGAAUUAUGGGUCAUAGCAUGAACAACUGAUUGUGCUCUGUAUGUUUUCUGUGAUUUUAAACAGACAAAAAGAUAAAACUAUGCUUGUAGCCACGGUAGCUUAUAAACACUAACUCUGCUUGUACUACAGCUUGACACUGUGCCUUAGUAUACUAUAUAGCCACUAGCAUGAAUGCUGUACAUCAUUGUGCUUUUAUUCUCACUAAUCUUCAUGCAAUGGAUGACACUUUAGGUGAUUUUAAGAAAUAACACUCCUCCUCCCUUGCUAAGCUUUAGAGUUCAGUGCCUUUUGCUACAUGACCAAUCAGUGGCCAUUAUUAUUCUCAUGGAAUUUAUUCAUAUCAGUAAAUUGCAUUUAUAUUUUCAAGAGAAAAACAUAACAAGCCGUGAAGAACACAAACAUAUAUUGCAAUGAUGAAGCUACAGUGCAAGAUCUAGUCUUUUCCACUUUUUUUUAAACUUACUGUCAUUAUGCUGCUAUUCCUUAUGCUCAUAAAAUGCAUCUUUUUGCUGUUUUAGUUCUGAGGGUAAAUCAGUUAAGAAUGUAUCAUCAAUAUGAUGGUUUCAUGUGGUUACAUAUUAUUAUAUUAUACUAUUUUAUAUUUCAGUGACCCACAUGGGAUGCUGCAAUGUAUGACAGUAUACAUUAUAAUCCCCUCAAGACCAAAUUCUAGUCCCUGACACUAACUUUAACAAAUACAGUGCUGGGUUGUAGCUAAGAUAUUGUACAAUUUAACCACCAUGUGCUAUGAUACAUAUUGUGCAUACUUUUCUGUUGCAGCCUUGCUACCCAUAUCUUGAGAUGAGAUGUUCAAAACUGAAUUGUUUUUAUUUUUUUGUUUUUUAUUCUCACAACAAUCUGCAUUGACUUUAUGUAACAGGUUACAUGAAAACAUGGUCACAUUUUAAUUAGCAGAAAAUAAAAGGAAAGAAUUUCUUAAGCAUGUGUUAUGAAUAAUAGUUUAAAACACUGAAGAUUAAAGCCAAUAACCCUCACCUGAGAUCUGCUGAUUUCCAGAAAUAGCUAGGAUACAGUUUCCAACAUAAAGGGCCCUGGUAGAACAAUAAACAAUCUGUAUACACUCAUCCUUCUUCCUGGACCCUCCUUGUAAUAUGACACUGAUGGCAUUUAUGGGGGAUUCAUAGGACCAGUUUUAACAAUGCUCAUUGUAUGGUGCACAUGUCUAAAGAUAGCUUACCUCCUCUAUAUCUCACACUAUAGGCCUGAGCUGAUAAGAAUCACCUGGGUUUUGUGUGGAUAGUGCCAUUGAAUUUCAUAAUAGCCUGUAUUCUCUGCAUUGCUCAACUCAUGAUUCACUAUAAUCACUGAGAUCGCAAAACAUAUCACAAAACAUAAUGAAGAAGUAAUCCAAUAAAUUAAUUCAAUAA